AUGCCCGAUAUCCCAGUCGGCGCACAAAUAUUCGAUCUUGCGUUUCAUCCCACCGAACCUCUUGUGCUUACUGGGCUUCUUACUGGCCACCUAAAGGCUUUCGGAUACGAUGAACAGGGCAACUACGAGGAGAAGUUCUCCAUCCGACCCUCGAAAAAGUCCUGCAGGACAAUCGCUAUGAGCGCAGACGGUGCGCGCGCGUGGGCAGGCGGAAAGGCGAAGGCGAUCCACAUCGUCGACGUAGGCACCGGCGUGGUCGUGGAGACUCGCGCGGCUGCGCACGACGUCCCCAUCAACCGCAUGAAGCGACUCACCCCGCACCUGUUUGCGUCGGGGGAUGAUGACGGCGUGGUUAAGCUCUGGGACCCACGGCAGCCGGAAGCAGUGCGCGCAUACACCCACCACUUUGACUUCAUCUCGGACUUCAUGUGGCUUCCCGACAAGAAGCAGUUGGUCGCGACCAGCGGUGACGGCACACUUUCGGUCAUGGACGUGCGCUCAAAGAAGACGGAGCCCGCCGCGCAAUCCGAGGACCAAGAGGACGAGCUGCUGUCUAUUUUGCCAAUAAAGGGCGGCGAGAAGAUUGUCGUAGGAACCCAGAUCGGAAUUUUGUCAGUCUUCAACCGAAAAAAGGGCUGGGGGGAUUGUGUCGACCGCAUACCAGGACACCCACAGUCAAUAGACGCGCUCUGCGCUGUCCCGUCGCGAUACCCAAACGCGCAAAUGACAAUCCUCACGGGAUCUUCGGAUGGGCUGCUCCGCGCCGUGCAACUGUUCCCGACGAAGAUGCUUGGGGUCGUCGCAGAUCAUGGGGAGUUUCCCAUCGAGCGAAUCGCGGUCGAUCUGGACGGCGAGGGACGCUGGGUGGGGAGUGUGGGGCACGAAGAGGUGCUGAAGCUCACGGACCUCCAAGAAGUCUUCGAAGACGAAGACCCUGAAGGCAGUGACGACGAAGAGGACGGCAAGUCGGACGCUGAUGGCCUUGGGAGCGGAGAGCACGGCUCGGAGGACGACGCCGAGGAUGCCGUGUCAGCAGGUCCGGCGGUCGCAGCGGCUGGAGAAGAUACUGAGGACAUGGAAGACGCGCCUACAAGUGCAGACACGGAAGUGGAGGCAGACAAAGACUCGGAUGGCGAGGAAGAUGUCGAUCCGGAGCCCAGGAAGCGCAAGCGGAAGAAGGAGAGGGAUCCUCUGCAGGCCGCGAAGAAGAAGAAGGGGCGGAACGAGGUAGAGGCGGAGCCGGCGUUCUUCGCCGAUCUGUAG